AUGAGAAUUGCGAGAUCCUCAAUUUUGAACCAUUUCAGUUUUACGGAUGAAGUCCUCCUCUUCUGCCAUGGAGACUAUCAGUCAAGUUAUCUGAUGUUGCAAGGUAUGCUUAUUUUUUCUAAAACUUCUGGGCUUUACCCCAACAAGAACAAAUCUGAAAUAUACUGUAGUGGCUUGAAGGAAACAGACUUGCAGAGAUUAUUAGAUGCAUUUGGGUUCAGUAAGAGUAUUCUCCCUUUUAAAUACCUUGGCAUGCCUAUCAACUCUAAAAGGUUUUCGGCUAAAGAUUUCCAGAUUUUGGUGGAUAAGAUUACUACAAGAAUCAGAAUUUGGAGUUCCAGACAUCUAUCUUUUACUGGCAGGGUGGUAUUAAUCAACUCAUUUAUCUUAGCCAUUCACUCCUAUUGGAGUCAAAUAAUCAUUAUCCCUAAAAGAGUUAUAAAGGACAUCACCAUGAUCUGUAGAGCAUUCUGGUGGACUGGCAAAGCUACUUAA